CCAUGUUCCAUCUUUUGCAAAGAAAGACCUGUGCUAUUGCUAUUUCGAUGAGAGGAUAGCUUGCUGUAGUAUACCUACCUUCAGGUCCUUGCUUGAAGUUCUGAACAACAUGGGCCUUACCGCCCUUGUAGCCAAGGUGGGACGACUCACAAGCGACGGUGAUGGUCUCGAAAAGACACUGCGACUGAUUCAGUUCCUUGUCUUUACCUACCUUGCCGCCCAAAGCGGUUUAGUCAAUCCGCUGCCGUUGCAGAGAUUCGUCCAGCAAGUAGCAAUAUCUCGCCGACUCUUUCGGUUCUUCAAAUUCAUAGGAUGCUUCGCCAAAGGACUAAAACCAUCCGGUAAUCCAACCGAUGUCCUUGGAAUGAUCGAGAGACUGAAGUGGAGCUCAAUGGGACUGUUUAUCCUGAUUGAAGACACCACUUUACUGGACGCAAUGGGUGUCUGGACAGUGCCAUGGGCAAGCGCCGUCUUCAAAGAAGCCAUGAAGUUCUGGUUCUACGCCCUCUUCUUAUCUAUCGUACAAAACGUGAUACGUUUGAGUAGAGUCAUCACUGCUGCUCCCAUCGAUCCGAAAAGCGUGACCUCUGAGAAGACUGAAAAAGUUGCGGACGCUAGCAGCGAGAAAAGAGGUCCUACUGGGAGCGAGCAGACAGUGCAGUUCGCAAAGCUGAUAAUGUUGGAUAUCUUUGACAUUAUGAUUCCUGGCGCGGCCACGGGCUGGUUCAGAGUCGGAAAGCUCAUACUCGGCGUUGCAGCCUUGAUGAGCACGGUGUUUCGUCUAACAGUCAUUUGGAAUAGAUGCUGAGCUUCCGGCAAAUGAAGAAUGGAGAUUCAGCAGAGUACAGUACAUUUUCAGGCGUCUAAUCACGUGAAGAUG